CCCCCGCCUCCGGGCCAGGUCCGCGGCGGCGGCGGCGGCGGCGGCAGGCGGUCGAUGGCGGCAUGCGGCUCCUGUUCCUGGCCGUACUGCGGCGGCACACCGGCAACGCCGUCACGGCCGAGCGCGUCCGGGACCAUCUAGAAGCUGCCGGCCAUGUAUGUCUUCUGAAAGAUGCCUUUGACCUGGAAAGCUCAUCUGAAAUCGCCCACCUCAUCAAGGCUGAGAACUUAGAGGCAGCAUUGGCUCUUCACCUGUACAGAGGAGGCCGACUCUUGCAAGGUCAUGGAAUCCCUUUUGGAAUCAUCUUUGGUGGAACUGAUUUAAAUGAAGAUGUUAACCAGAGAGAAAAAAAUGAAGUGAUGGGAAAGGUCCUCGAAGAAGCCAGAUUUGCUGUCGCUUUCACAGAGUCAAUGAAGGAAACGGCGCAGACACAGUGGCCGCAUGCCAGGGGUAAGAUCUACGUCCAGAGUCAAGGAGUCGUGACAGUACCAAACGCUGCCUUUAACUGGAACACCUUCCUUCACUGUUCAGGGAUUAAGCAAAAUGCUGAUAAUUUACACAUCUUUCUCCUGGUGUGUGGACUUAGACAAGUUAAGGACCCUCUUUACUUGGUGGACGCGUUCUCAGAAUGGCAUCAAGAAGAGCCUAAUGUUUACAUGGUGAUCGUGGGUCCUGAAGUCGACCCAGUGUUUACAAGGGAAGUAAAAGCCAAAGUGAAGGGGACGGCUGGGGUGCGGCUGCUGGGAGAGAUGCCCCAGGAGGACCUACACGCAGCGCUGAAGAACUGCUUCGCGGUGGUGAACAGCUCCGUGUCCGAGGGCAUGUCUGCGGCGAUUCUGGAGGCGAUGGAUCUGGAAGUCCCCGUGCUGGCAAGGCACAUCCCCGGGAACGCGGCAGUGGUGAAGCAUGAGGUCACAGGGCUGUUGUUUUCAGACCCACAGGAGUUUGUUCAAUUAGCAAAGAGACUGGUUCAUGAUCCUGCGUUGGAAAAAGAAAUUGUGGCCAAUGGAAGGGAGUAUGUGAGAAGGUGUCACUCGUGGCAGGCGGAAAGAGACACCUAUCAGAACCUCGUCCAGAACCUCGAGGGAAGCAUCAGGGAGUAAGGGCACUCGCCUGGUGGUGUCACGCGCUCGCCCGGGGCCACCGCGGACGCACGGACCUGGGUGAAUACCAGAGACAGAGUUCUGGGCCAGUGGGGCCAGUCCGGUUCACAUCACGCCAAUUUCAAUGGAAUCACUGAUAAACAACAGUUAUAAGGCAGAACCUCGUCCAAAACCUGUCAGGACUUCCAGAGAACAUCCUGGAUGUGUCUACCAGAUCAGCUCCUGAGCGCAAGAGCUUCUGGGGGCUCCUGGGGGCCGGGCAGGGGGAGGCGGGGAGAGAGGGGUAUUAGCCGCUAUGGGACUUAGAGGCAAGCCGCACAGCAGACACGUCCCACCUGCCUUCUGAUGACCUGUAACUCAUUGUUCAAAACCAGCAACUAAAGUCCAACGUGUCCACAGAAGGGAGUCCACAGAAUAAAGUGUGUCACCGUCA